UGUGAAAAACAAGGCUAGUAUUUUGCUAGAUUAAUGAAAAGUUCCAUUAACCAACCAUAAUAGCUGUGUAUGCAAUCAGUUCAAAUCAAGCUAGCGAGCGAACUGAUUAGCUGGCUAAAUUAGCUACGACAUUUGCGUUAGCUUACUAUCAAGUUUUACCUGCACUGCUGACUGACAAAUGAAAAAACGUUGUGCAAAUAAACAUUUGAAAAGAUCUCUCAAAGGAAAUGCCAUUGGACUCAAUAUGUUGGGAAUUGGCAAGAUGCCUAGCUCUCAAAAUGAAGCAGUGCAUUUCAGCACAGUCCUCAACCACAGUGACUACUUCAUUCUGAGCCAGGUACCCUCUCCAGGAGUGGUUGUCCAAGGCAGCAUCUUCCAACAUGCGUUUACCCCUGCUUUAGUGCUUCAGAAUAAUGCCCAAAGGAUUGACGGCACACUAUGUCUUCAAACAGAAGAAUCGCCCAAGAAAAAUCCUUCUCUCCUACAACCUGCAGUUGUGUUGUCAAGUGAUGACAAGGAAGAAACCUCAGUCUGUUCUGGUACGCCAAUGUCAGGGACUAGUCACUCUUCACCAACGCCCUCUGGUGGCAGUUUGGAGACAGUCGCUGAUGACGAUGACUUCACAAGCAAUUACUUUACCAACUCCAAAACCAGACUACCAAGGAAGAAGCGAAUGAAAGACCCGUUUGGAAAGUUGGUCCCAGACAAACCCACCACAAAACGGCGAAGAGUCAAACAGAAUCAUCCCAUAUCACCUCCUCCUAAAAAGACAUCUGCUGACAUUUCUGAGAGGAUUGAUGUGUUCUGCAGAUGUGUGAGAGUGGGAACAAUGCGCAGGACACCUCCCAAGCAUGUCACCUUUACAGCAGAGUACAUCCAGAUUGAUGAACAAGUGCGGCUAUGGUCGUAUAGUCUGGCCAGUUGUGCGUGGUGCCAUGCCCGAAACUUGCCUGCCCUUUUCCUCAAGACCACCUCAGGGGAGUCCCAGCGCCUCCGCCUUCUCCUCAAGAUGUCCCGAGCCAACGGGGGUGCCUGGUAUGACAGCAAGGGCCAACAUCUCGGCGAGAACUACAUAAUCUUAGUGUUUGAGAAUAUGCUGUCUGACCUGGAGAAAGUUGAACUGGAGAAGGUCUUCAGAGAAAUUGGCAGAGCAAAUAAAGCUCCUGAGGAUUUCACAGUACAGUUGCCAUUUGUGGAGGCCAACAGAAUACUGAUGCAUUCCUCCCAUCCAACCCCAGAGAAGCAGCAGUUUUUGGAUUCCAUUUGUGGCUCCAGUAAACAGACACCAUCUUCCAAGCCUCUUGCCCCAAGAUGGAUUGCACCUGCCCCACAACUGAUCUCUCUUGCCCCACCACGGAUCUCUCUUGCCCUACCACGGAUCUAUUUUGCCCUACCACGGAUCUCUCCUCCCCCAGCAUGCCUGUCUCCUCCCCCAGCAUGCCUGUCUCCUCCCCCAGCAUGCCUGUCUCCUCCCCUAGCAUGCCUGUCUCCUCCCCUAGCAUGCCUGUCUCCUCCCCCAGCAUGCCUGUCUCCUCCCCCAGCAUGCCUGUCUCCUCCCCCAGCAUGCCUGUCUCCUCCCCRAGCAUGCCUGUCUCCUCCCCUAGCAUGCCUGUCUCCUCCCCCAGCAUGCCUGUCUCCUGCCCCAAUACAAGUCUUGGAUGAUGAAAUAGUGGAGAUUGAAUCAACCUUCAAAGGGCCAGUCAAAAGGAUAAUACUGUACCCCCCUCAUCCAGCCAGAGGGGGGAUCUCUGUCACCAAUGAAGACCUGCACUGUCUCAACGAGGGAGAGUUCUUGAAUGAUGUCAUCAUUGACUUUUACCUGAAGUACUUGGUCUCUGCAAUGCUGAAAGAGGAGGAUGCCAACAGGAGUCACAUGUUCAGCUCCUUCUUUUACAAGCGCCUCACCCAGACAGAGCAGAGAAAGACCCCAUGCUCUGAGGACCUACCUGUGAAGAAAAGGAGACACAACCGAGUGAGAACAUGGACCAGGAAUGUUGACCUCUUCCAGAAGGACUUCAUCUUUGUCCCCAUAAAUGAAUCGGCACACUGGUUCCUGGCGGUCAUCUGCUUCCCUGGCCUAGAGGACCUCCAGCAGGAGCCCCUGUCUCCAGACUCCCCAUUCCCAGCCUGGCUGGAGGAAGCAGAGAGCAGCUUGGACAAGUGCUUCCUGAUGGACUACACCUCCCCCAACCCCAUGUCCCUGUUCUUCAGCCCCCCGGGCAGCAGCACCAGGGGUCAGCCAGGCCCAGAAGCCCCAGACUGCGACCUCACCAUAGGGGUGAGGCUGUGUGUGUGCUCAAACGGUGGGGGCGGAGAGGAGCUGGAGCUCAGUGUGAGCCCCACCACCACAGGGGUCCAUGGUCUAGGUCGGAUAAAGAAGCAGCUCCUCUCAGAUGAUUGCAACGGAUAUGAAAUGGAAAAGGAUAUCUUUGCCUUUUCUCCUGUUCAGGAUUCAAAUCAGGACCAGUGCAAUGAGAGUGACCAGCAGGACAGUGUCGAUAUCUCCUCCCAACCCACUACCUGUAAACAACCUUGUAUCCUGAUCAUGGAUUCCCUAGGAGGCCAUGUGAGAUCGGGGGUCGUGAAGAUCCUGCAAGAAUACUUGGAGGUGGAGUGGGAGGUGAGGAAAGGGAGUCUGAGGAGUUUCUCUAAAGAUUCGAUGAGGGGCUCAAACCCCCAGGUCCCUCAGCAGGACAACUACAGCGACUGUGGCGUUUACCUGCUUCAAUAUGUGGAGAGCUUUUUCCAGAAUCCCCCAAAAGAUUUUGAGCCGCCCAUGGACCUGAAGGAAUGGUUUCCACUGAUGCUGGUGAAGCGCAAGCGAGCAGAUAUCAGGAAACUCGUCCUCAAAAUUCAACAUCAACAAGAGGACACAAAUGACUCAUAACCUCCAUUUAAAUGGAUAUAUGAUGAAAUUCACCAUUUGAUUUGGUGGGGUUAUUUAGUCUCCCUUGGUUCAAUGGACCUGGCUCAGUGACGGUACAUUUAGUUCCUUUACCUUACUCUGUAUCACAUUGUUACUGUGUGUGUAUGUGUAUAUAUACAUACAUACACACCUCACCUUUUUAAUUUUAAGGCAUAAUCUUUUUUCAUGGUUGCGCUUGUGACUAAGCAUCUGUGUUUUGCAAUGUUUAUUGGUUGAUAGGAUGGUGAUAUGAUUCUUCCCUUAGUUGUCGCAUCACAGAUUAAAAUAGCAUAAAUUGAGAAUUUCUGUGUAAAUUUAGCUUUGUUCUAUAAAGGGUUCCGGUUUAUUCUUAAUGUCCUGUUAUGCUUGAAAAUGUAAUGUCAGAGACAUGAGACUGUUGUAAUACAUUGUUUUGUACAUUUUUGAAUGUCUCUAAGUUCUCAUAGUACUUGCAUUAUUUGUGAGGGGCACUUCGUUGGAUUGCCCAUCUGAUAAGCGAGCAGCCUAGCAUUGUUCAAUUUCAUUUGAAGUAGAAGAAAGUGAAAAAUAAAUAAAUG